GAAGAGGACACAACAUAUAACGCUCUGCAAAAUUUACCUACUGGAAGGCGGCAACACGAGGGAAUGAAGAAGUAGAGAAAUGGGCACAGAGUGACCAGACCAGCGAUCCCUCGCGAACUGGUUCCACACCACGUUUCCCACUUCAGCACAAUUGUAAUGCCAAAAUAGAGCGUUUAUACUGAGCGCAAAUAUUCUCGCACGUUGCCACGGUGCUGUAAGCAGCUUGCGGGACUUGGAAAAAAUGCAGAAAAGGCAGAACAGGCAGAAAAAGCAGAAAAAGCAGAAAAAGCAGAAAACGUAGAAGCCGCUUAAAACGUAGUAACCGCUUUACACGAAGGAAUUCCCCGAGGAACGCUCGACAAGGCACCUACAGGACCAACUGGAAGAACGUAAAAAACAGCCAUGCCCCCAGGAUGAGCAGCCCUAUCAAUUAUUCCAAGUUUGACCAAAUCGAUGUGAGCUCGUCAGACGACGAACGGAAAAGAAGAAAGCCACAACUAACAACACUAGGGAAGAAGGACAAAGUUGUGCUGUCGCCUAGCGGAUUAACCAUUUUGAAAGGUGAAAAUGGAGAAAUAAACGGCGCAGAUGUGCGUAAUAGUACCAAUCAGGAGCAGACCAAACCGCACAUCAGCGCUAACCAGGAACAGACCGAACCGCACGUCGAAAGUGCCUCUCCCGGGGCGACAAAAAAUGGUGCUGCCCAAACGGAUAAGAACGAGGACGCUUUGAAAAAUAAAAGAAAUCUCGAAAAUAUGAUAACCAACGGAGCCGUCGUUCCCUUCAAGUACAUAUGGAAUCAGUCGAUACAAGAAAUUAACGCUUACAUCGCCUUGCCAUUGCACACGAAAGCAAAAUCGCUAGUCGUACAAAUGCAGGAAGAUAAAAUGGUUGUUAAAAAGGUUGCAAAGCAGGGAGAAGCAGCACAUAUUGCAAGUGCACAAAGCACAAAUGGCACUUCCAACCACGAGGAAGUGCUAAUUGAUAAGCCAUUCCCCUUUAAGGUAAGCGAGGAUGAAGACACCCAACUGUGGGAAAUAAAAAACAUGAAAAUCAACUGGAAGGACAUUUUUCACCUCGCUAAUGAAGUGAAUAAUCAAAAUUUACACUUCGACUUUGAAGGAAGUUCUUUCGAGAAGGAAGAAACAUUUUUAUGUAUUAAUUUAAAAAAAAAAUACGAAUUUGAGGGCUUCUACGUUUGGUGGUCAUGCCUAUUCAAAGAUGAUCAGCCCAUAAACUUAUCCAGCUUGCCAACUCGCAAAGCAAUGAACAAAACAGGGAACAGCAGCACGUCGUUCAAAACUAUCUGGCAAGAAGCCCAUGAAACGUUUAAAAAAAACAUAUCCAAAAGGGGCCUCCCCCGUCGCGUCGAUCUGUGA